AUGGCCCACUUCGCUCAGGAGGAGGACCUGGAAGACGGCCUGACGGCCGAUGGUGAAAUGCCGGACCCUUCGACAGAACCGGAGGCCUAUGCGGCAUUCGUUGCAGACCAGGAGGUGAUCGAAGACGCCCUUGAGGUGAUCAAAGAGAAGAAGCGCACCUUGAAGGAGGCUCGCUGGCGGCAACAGCAAGUUCGCAGCGGGCGGAAAUUCUACCCGUCGACCACGGGCAAGGGCUACUCCAAGGGUCAAGGCAAGAGAGAUGAUACUCCUCAGAAGUGUCUUCGUUGUGGAGGCCCUCACCAAACGUCAAACUGUCCAAUGCCCCGUCGGCAGCAGGCAAAUGUGACGGAAGAGGCUGAAGUCGCCUUCAGUGUGGCACCUGUACAGGAAUCCUUGUCGUGUGAGCAGGCCAACGUCAGUUCCGAGGUGAGCGAGAACAUCCGUGUGUGUUUGAGCCGGAAGAUGUUUUAUCCCGACAGCAGCAGUGUGAACUCUCAACGUGCAGACCGUGUGAUUCUCCGGAACUUGUGUGUGAUCAUGCUGACCGAGUGCAAGGCCGAUCUCAUCAACAAGCUUCAGGAAUACGGCGAGUCAGUUUCCUCGAGCAUGACAGUGCUCCAGCUGAAAGCUCGCCUGGCAGAACUGAAGGAGUCCGACAAGGAGUCCGACCGCCAGGUCCUGAAGAGCAAGAUCCAGGCCCUGAACAAGGCUGCAAAGAAGAAGGAGAAAAUGACUAUGGAGACACCACUGGUCAACUUUGGCAAACAUGCCGAAUGUCAGUACAAGGACAUCCUGCAGACACAUCGCUCCUACGGCAACUGGGUGAUCGACACAGCAGCAGAGAAUCCGGGCAGUCAUUGGCGACUUUGUCGCCUGGCAGAAUGGCUCAAGGAGAACUGGGACAGGCCUUUGACUCAAGGCUACCAGCCGCCAGCUCGCGAGCGAGACAGCGACCACACGGACAGCUCAUUUGUCAAGGUGAAUCAGUCCGAUUCAGACCAAGAUGUGGAUCGCCUGAAGGCAGAACUGGAGCAGCUGAAGUCAGAGAAUGCCAUGCUCUCCAAGCAGAUGGAGAGGAGCAAGUCCCGCAAGGAGAUGUGAACACCGCUGAUGAGCCCGAGAGUGAUCAGGAGUGGGAUUCAUGCCCGGUCCUUCAAUGCUUCCACACCCACAAGCAAAUUGGUCGCGCAUGGCUUGAAACAAGAAAUCCAUUCGGCAAACACUGGAAUGACCUAGUGCACUCUGAUCGAGUUUUCUUGUUGGAGGUGGCAUGUGG